AAUGGACGAGAGGAAACAUGGCGGCAGUGUGUCGCUGCUGCGUUAAGCGCCAGUGUGAUUUCGUGUGAGAUUGGUGUUGACUACGGUCUCACGGUAGUGCCAUCCGUGCUUACGGAUAUCGGGGAUCGAAUUUGACAAUGAUGAAUGCGUGCGUCAUGCGUUAAUAUGUGUAGUGUAUCGUGACGAAAGUAGCCGCCGUUCGCGGCCGAAAACAACAAAAGCGGAAUUUUCGAACUCGGAGGAUUACGUUGGAAAAAGCUUCAUAUUUUUUGGUGACCGUGUUAAGCUGGAACGUUUUGAAAGAUGAAGGAUGACGUGGACGAGGACGAUGCUGGCACGUCCUCUACGGGGACAGUGCCUGAAAGUUCGAUUACCUACGGUUGCUUGCAACGACUUGCUAACAACGCGUAAAGAGAGAAAAGCAAAGAGAGAAAAAAGAAAGAAAAAGAUGUGGUCCCAACAACAACAACAACGACAACGACAACAACAACAACAACAACGACAGCAACAACAACAACAGCUUCAGCAGCAACCACGGACUUACUUGCGAGGUUUUGCCUUUCAACAUCCACAGCAACAGAACGUUCAUCUCAGUGUCGUCGGUGUCGACGAUACGCCGCAACAUCAGCAUCAACACCAUCAUCAGCUUCAACAUCAUACGAGGGGAUCGAGUGGCAUGGAUCUACCGUUGUCAAGCAAUCCGCGUGCUUCACGAAAUAUGGCGGAGAAACAACGCCGAGAUAAUCUUAACACCAAUAUCUCGACGAUGGCGGCUCUUGUUCCUACCGUCGCCGGAAGUUCGAGAAGGAUGGACAAGAUAUCUAUCCUGAGAUUAACUGCUGCCUAUUUAAGAACGCAAUACACUCUUGGUCGUGGAUCGGUCGAUUUUUUGCCAAAACAAUUCAACGAUUUGGACGUGGAACAGUACUUCGUAGAUAACUUAAUCGGCAAUGCUGGUUUCUUCAUCGUCGUAACCACGGCGGGAAAGAUCGUUUACGUUAGCCGGCAGGUGGAACGUCAACUUGGUCACGCUCAGAAAGAACUGACCGGACAAUCUUUGUAUCACUUCGUUUAUCCCGAGGAUCACGAGGAGUUAACGAAAAAUUUAACGCCGGAUGAAAUGCAACCAAUGGUCGGUGCUUUGACUAUGGACGCCGACAAUAGUUCUAAUUCCUCCGAAGAGUCAACCUCGACGACAUUGACGUCGCAGAGGAACACCGAGAGGAGGCCUUUUCGUGAGCAGAGACGAAGUUUCAAGUUACGAAUGUCACAACGAACGGUUUCGAGACGAGAACACACGCAGUACGAGUGUCUACAUGUGUCGGGCGUUCUUAGGCUCGCGGAUGCUUGUAAAAAUGUUGACAAUCGUGCACGACAUCGAGAGACUACAUCGACAAGCAACGACAUCAUAUUCGUCGGUAUGGCAUGGCUACCCAAGAAACGUCCCAUUACCGAACUCUCCAUAAUAGAUGCUAAUAAACAAGAGUACGUGACGCGACACUUAGUGGACGGCCGUAUUAUUUACUGCGAUCACAGGAUAUCCAUUGUGGCGGGUUACCUGUCCGAGGAGGUUUCUGGUUUGAGCGCUUUCAGUUUUAUGCACAAGGACGAUGUUAGAUGGACCAUCAUUGGACUUCGCCAAAUGUACGAUCGUGCAGAACCUUGCGGUUCAUCCUGCUAUAGACUUCUUUCCAAAACUGGCGAGUUCAUUUAUCUAAGGACCCAUGGAUAUUUGGAAUACGACAAAGAUACUCAAACCGUCGAAUCGUUUGUCUGCAUCAAUACCCUAGUCUCAGAGGAAGAAGGUAUUGAAUUCGUAAGAGAGAUGAAGGAAAGAUUUUCAGCUACGGUGUCCGGUGCCACGAAGGCGGUCAUGAUUCAAAAUAACGACGACCUCUCGUUCGAUCUGGGAUCGGAGUCACAAAAAUCAAAUUCCAAAGCCAGCGUGGAAGAUCCUUCGCAGCUAGAGGACGCGAUCACCCAUCUCAUUAGCGAUUUACCUUCACCGGCUGUUUCGGAAGAUCGUUCUUCUCCAUCGCCUAUGCCAAACACUCAAUUCGCUAAAGCGGCCGUUUUUUCUCAAAGAUUACCACCGGCAGCUACGCAAGCAAGCAAAUUCGGUAUUAAAAAGAUCGAUCACAAUUUCACGAUACAAGGUAACAAAGGUAAUCUUACGCCAAAACAAGAACCACGGAUUGAAAUAAAACAAGAAAUGAUUGGCAAUAAAACGAUUGUUACCGAUCCUAUUGUUGAAAAAGAAGUCAUGUUGGAUGGACAACAACGACACGUUGGAAGAAAGAGAAAUCAAGAUCGUAAUAGUAUUGGCUCGUUGAGUUCAGGAAAACCUUUGAGUAUGAAGGAAAUGAUGGGACAAGUGCAAAUUAUGCGACAGGAGAAUCGUAAUAACGAAAGCAUAAGAACUAAUGUUUUACCUGAACGUAACGCGUUCGAAACGAAAGUUCUGAAGCAUAACAGCGGCGAGAGUGGCCUCGAGAAUUUAGGAAAUGGCACGAGCGAGUCCGAGGAUGAAGAGUCUAGGAAAAAAUAUUCCUCGAAGAGGAUAUAUACUGAAGAAAACGCCGGGGGGACAGGCCGUAAUAAAAAGCGAAGAAAUGAGAAACGAUAUGAAACUACUGAGAUUCGACUAGAACAACAGCAACAACAACAACACCACCACCACCACCACCACCACCACCACCAACACCAACACCAACAGCAACAAAGUGCUUCUUAUGUUAAUUGUAGGACGUUUAUCAAGGACGAACAGUUUUCAACGCUCGCUGAUUUUGAUCAUUAUGAUCAGGUUCACACUCAACCGAUUCGGGUUACAUCCACGGACUCUACCAAUUCAAGUCUUCAAGAUGUUAACAUCGAGUAUCAGGAAUUGGAUUCGUCUACAUCGUUGGUGAUCUCAAAUAUGGCCAAUGACGAACAAUUUGGUAACCUUCAGGAGCUCAAGGAAGAUCCAUUGUUAAGCUCGAGCCUGGACGCAAAUCCAGAUUUCAUGUUGAAGAUAUUCGAUGAUCUACGGCCUGCAAUGGGUUUUGAAAAAAGCUUUGAUGAUAUGAACGUGCAACAGCUGACAGUCAAUAAUCAGCAAGCGGUUAACGAUGAGAUAAGAAGAACACAUCUACAACUUGCGAGUAGUAUGGUUAUACGAGAGUCUCAAUUCGAUGUAUUAGCACGGGAUUUGGAUAAUCCAGCUUUGCAGGCUCAAAGAAAAAAUCUAACCCAAUUACAGGUAAUGUCUUACAUCGAUUGCAGGCUGAACAUAAGAUGCAAAAACAAAUCCUAAAGUCUUUACAACAAGAUCAUCGCAACAUACAAGUCAAUGCGAAGCACAAUAUAGGGGUCUGAAAUGUGUAUAUACGUAUGUACGUACGUAACUUUAAAAAGUAUCGCAAAGACAUCCCCGAACGAUUUGUAUGUUAAAGGCGCCAUUUUGGCCCCAUAAAUUCGCCCGAAGGAAAUUAAGUGUGUCCUCCUUCUGCCAAAUUACCGAAUUAAAUAUGAGCCUUAUAAAUCUUAUUAUGUUACUCUAAAGGAGGGAAAAAAAAGCAAAAAAAGAAACGACGAUCGACAUAUGUGCAAUAUGCAUCGAAUUGCACCAGCUUUUUUCUUUUUUUUUUUUUUUUGUUUUGUUUUGUUUGUUUCAAACUAUUUGAAGAGACAACGUGUAAAUCGACAAAGGGGACUUUUGAGGAAGCGUCAGGAUUGCGCCUGACCGAUCUUCGUGAGAGGAUCAAGUAAUACGUAGAAAAAGAAAAAGGAGGAAGAAAAAGAAGAAAAAGUUUACCGUUGAAAACUUAUUUAAUGUACUACGUUGGUGCUAGAGAUUCGAAUUGAAGACCUUUUUUCAAUCGAUUUCGUGAGUGCUUACGACUGUGAAGAAUAGUUAUCAGUUAUAAUAAAAAUAAACGAUCAUUCGUUCGAUACAAGGACAAAAAAUAAGUGAAACGAACGAUUGAGUGUUACGCAGUGUUGGCAAUUUUCAAAUUUUACGAUAAAAACAUUGUAGAUAUGAAUAAUGUUAGCUGAUAAAACAAUGUUAGCUGUUUCGAAGCAACACUAGAUCGAACGAGGUAGAGAAAGAAAGGGAAGAAGAUAAAAAGAGACGGUCAAACUUCGUUUUCUAUCUCGAGCAUAAAUAAUACCUUCCCCACAAAUACAGAUACUAAGGUAUAUACAUAAGAACGAGAUUGUCAAUAUCUCAUUCAAAUCCUAUUCGUGUUUAAACAAAAAAAAAAAAAAAUGAUACUUUUGAUCUAUAUUUUAUGUCAGACUGUGUGUAUAAGUGUUCAAUCUCUUGAAAAAGGUGUACUAUUUUAGAUUUGACUAGUUCUUUAAUAUUGGCAUUGUGAUCAAUCUUGUACUAUGUUAGUACUGCUUUUUAUGUGAUUAUCGCGUGCGUGCGUGCGUGCGUGUGCGCGUGCGCGUGCGUGUGUGUGAUAAGAAAGAAAAAGAACAAUAAGCAAACAAACAAAUAAAAAAAGAAAAACAGAAAAAGAAUAUGAAAAAGGGAAGGAAUCGAUCGCUGUUCGAUUUAUACAUGAUUAUUGUACAUAAAAUCCAAUUUUUGGACUACAAUUCACGUGAAUUUUACAAACAACCGUCUAUAAAAGUUUUUCCUGCUAGACCUAAUAGUUAUCUCAACCGUUUGGAGGACAGAGGAUUGGGCCGUGUUAAUUUUAACAGAUAUUUGCUCUUCCAAUCCUCACUUUUCUAUUUUUUUUUAAACUGAAUUAAUUUUACUGGUACUUAUUGUUUCUUAGAAACAUGCAUUGUAACGAGCGCGAUCAUACUUUUCAAUAAAGAUCUUUUCAAUGACUCCUGCCAAUCAAGGGUUUAAACUAACGGAAGCGAAAAAAGAAAAAAAGUUUUAGCAGGAUUAUUCAAGGACAACUUAUUCUCGAAUCAAACGGGAGAUCGCUUACCCCGACCUUUUUUCUUUAUAAAUGAACGUAAUGCGUUAGAAACUUCAGAAAAGAAUAGAAAUAUCUAAAUUAUUUUUCCAAGUGAUUUAUCGAUAAUGGAUUGCGAAUAACGUCGGCGACUGGUAUAGUUCUUUUUCUUUUUUCCUUUUUUCUUAUUCUUUUAAUUUUUUUUUUUUUUUGUUUUAUACUAACUAGUAUCGACAACAAAACUUAGUACACCUUUUUACAAAUUAUUACGUAUUCCGAUUGUCCGUUGUUCGAGUUUUCUUUUCUUUUCUCAUAUUUCUGCAUAUUUUAAAUUUUCUCGUCUUUUUUCAUAUUUUAAAACGAUUAAGAGCGAAAGUAGUAAGAAGUAAAGAGGAGAAAAAAGAGAGGAGAGCGUAAUGUGCAAUGUUCUAAUAAUUAGAGCGGAACAAAAAAUUUUAUUUCUUUUUUACUUUUUAUUUUUUUGGAGAAGUGGGUUAAGUCCGGUUUCUACCCUUCCUCCCCAUUGUUAUGGCUCCAAGAGAGAAAAGAUAAAAAAAAAAGAAAGAAAAAAUGCUCUUCCGAAUGUCCUCUUUCCUAACCAGUCAACCGUAAUGACAAAAAAGAAAGAAAGAAAGAAA